AUGGCGAUCGUCCUCUGCCAUCCUGGCUUCAAGCUUUCACGCGCCGAGGGCCUGGCGCCACCUGGGAUGGUGGCGAGCCUCUGCGCGGCCGUGUCGGCGGCGGCUCCCGGCGUGCUGCGGGAGCUGGCGCGCGGGGCGGUGGCCGAGGCGGCGCGGGUGGCGUUCGCGGGGCCGCAGGCGUGUCCGCCGUGCCCCGACUGCCACCCGGCGCCCUGCCCGGCCUGCCCGAGCUGCCCGCCGGCCCCACCUUGCCCGGCGUGCGUGUGCGCCGAGCCCGCACCGCCCCCAGUGUUGGCGGCGGCCGCGUGCGAGGCGGAGGAGCGCCCGGAGUGGUGGCUGCUCUGGCUGGUGGCGCUGGUGGUGGCGUUUUUCGCGGCGCCCUUCGCCAACAUGUCGACGCGCGACGAGAGGCGCCCGGGGGCGCGGCUGCUGGUGCGGUUCGUCGGAGAUGAGUGGGCCCAUGAGCGGGUGCUGCUCUGGCCGGUCCAUCUGGACCGCAGGCACGAGUGCUGGGUCAUCGAGAGCGCGGACGGCGACCGCUACGUGGAGCGUCGGGCCGACUGGGUCUGGCACGUGUCGCUGCUCCACGGCUGGCCCGAGAAUUUCAGGGGCAACGGUGAGGAGCCGACGAGCAUGGUGGACUGGCACGGCGACGAGUGCGGCCUGGACAUCGGCGUGCUGGAGGCCGCGCGGCGGCGCCUGCGGGGCAAGCGGCCUUUGGCCACGGGCGCUCGGGUCCCCGAGUCACCCGGGGACGAGGCUGCUAGCCGGCCCGUCCUAGCGCCCCCGCCGCUGGAAGGUGAGGAGUCGGUGCUGCUGGUGGCGGAGGUGCAGGCAGGCGGCGGCUUCCGGCUGGGCGACGAGGUGGCGCCGGGCCCCGAGGACGUCCAGGCGGGGCCGAAGGUGAUCGCGCGGCGGCCCGACGGCCGGCCGGUGCUUUGCGAGCGGGUGCCAGUCUCCGAGGUCGAGAGGUGGCGGGCCCAGGAAUUUGACAACGCCGGGCGGAUGGCCGCUCCCUUGCCGGCCCCGUUGUCCCCGCCGCCAGCCGAGGAGGCCGGACGGCCCAGCCCCUUUGACCUCCGCGAGGCGCUGGCCGACCGGCCGCGCGAGGAGGUGGGUGGCACCCCCACGCCGCGCGAGGAGACAGCGGGGCCCGCAGCCGACGAUGUGCGGACGACCGCGGUGGAGUGGAACGAACAGGGAGUCCGCUUCAAGGAAUGGCGCCGAGCGGUGGGGGAGAGCAGUUCGGAGGCCCUGGACGGGUGCGAGCUGCGCGGGGCCGGCACGGCCCUCCACCUCUGCCAUCGGUUCACGCAGCACGGCGGCGACCCCAAAACGUGGAUGAGCAACUUCUGCCGCGAGUACGGCGUGAGUCAGCGUGACCGGACAUGGCACGAGUUGAACUGUCUGGUCACGAUCUUCUGGCUGGUCGCGACGUUCGACGCGCUGAACCUAGGCGGGCUGGCGUGUCUGGAGGUGGCGGCCCGCCGAGUGGCCCAGAUCAGCGAGGCCUAUCGCGUGGCUCCUGGUCAGCCGGCCGCGUUGGAGGCAGGCAGGUUCCUGACGGGGACGAGUGACCCCUUCGACGUGGUGUCGCCCGAGCUCCGCAACUUCGCGAAUCGGGCGGCUCGCGACGAGUCCGAGCGGCUCGCUGCCCUGGGACGCAGUCGAGCGUUGGGGCCUGGCGGCCGCGGGGCUGGCGGUGCCGACGAGGUGACGGGCGCGCUGGAGACAGUCGAAAUGACGGGCAAGGGGCCGGGGGUGAGGCCGCCCCCCGGCCUUGAAGCAGAGGCCACGCUCGGCGGCCAGGUCUACCCUGUCCCAGGGCUGCGCGAGCUGGACGCCGACGUCGCUUCCCGCCUUGGACGUCGCGAUCGGCCACGAGUUCGGCGGCUGGCGAACGAGGGCUUGUCCAGCCUAAAUUGGAUGCGUGGUGCUGAUCGGCGGCCGCCCCCGGCGGCGCCCAGCUGGGCCACGCGCUGCCGCGUGGCGGAGCUGCGGCGUGAGACGCAGCGACGGGCCCAACUCCUGGCGGCGAGCUGGGGCGGCCCGGACAGCGCGAAGGAUUCGCAGCAGUGCUUGGCGCGCCUGCUGCGGGGCCGAGGCGGCUACGCCCAGCUGGCCCACGCGACGCUGACCCCCUUCUCCCACGCCCGGCUGUCGACCCCGGACGACCUUGCUGGGUCGCCGAGAGUUUUGAGUCUUCUGUCGGAGGCGGCGCGGAUCCAGUUGAAGGAUUUCGAGAGCUACAUGCACGCUGCGAGCCCGCCGGGCGUGGACCUCGUCAGCGGGGGCGGCCUCAGCCGCGUCGAGCGGGGGUGGCCGCCGGGCGACGGCGAGUCGGGGGGGGCCAACGCGGCGCUGGCGGGCCUCGACACCUGGCUCGGAGUCAGCGACGUGAAGGACUGCUUCCACCGGCUGCUGCUGGAGGACGGCCCGGGCCUGCAGGAGUACUUCGGGCACCCUCCCCUGCGGGCCGCCGACCUGCGGCUGACGGAGCUGGACGGCGCGCGGCUGGCGCCGAGCACGCUGGUCUACCCGCUUGCGCGGGCGCUGCCGAUGGGCUGGGCCUGGUCGCUGUUCUUCGCGCAGUCGGCCAACUCGUGCCGCAUGCUGAAGGUGCCCUCCUUGCAGGGCGCGCCCGUCAUGACUGACCGCGGGCCUCCCCUCAUCCUGGAUCGCCCGAGCUCCAUGGGCCACUACGCCUACGUGGACAACAUGGGGGUGCUGGGCACGACCGAGGGCGCGGUCCGCCGGGGCCUCGAGGGGGCCAUCUCGUCCUUCGGCGGGGUCGGCCUCGAGGUCCAUGAGACCGCCGUGACGAAUGAGGGUGGCGAGGCCUUGGGCGUGCAGCUCGAUGCUGACUGGGACGCCCGGUGGCUGCUGGGCGUCUACCAGUCGGACGCCUCCCUCGAUGGCGUCGGGCUGGCCUACUCGGUGUGGGGCCCGAAGGACGUGGGGCGCGUGGGCCGCGUGACAGAGCGGUCGCGCUACCGCCUGGUUGCCGAGGCGGCGCGGCAACGCGCCGUGGAGGCCGCGGGGCUGCAGGUGCUGGCCGACGGGGCCGUCGGCCCGCCCGAGGCCCGGCCGCCAGGCAUUCCCGAGGUGGAGGUAGCGCGCUGGAGUGUCGACCCCGACUUCGAGGAGGUGCCCGCGGAAUUGCUGCGCCGCGAUCGCUGGCGGACGGUCUUGGCCGAUCGCUGGGCCUUCGACGAGGGGAUCGUGCACCUCGAGGGCCGGGCUGUGGUGAAGGCCGUGGAGCGCGUGGCCAGCUCGCGCGCAGGGCGGGACGGCCGGGUCCUUCUGCUGGGGGACAACAUGGCCGUGACCCUCGCCUUUUCGCGCUCGCGGGCCCGCGACUUCAAGCUGCUGACGAUGAUUCGGCGGACGGCCGCGUGCGCCUUCGCGCGCGGCCUGCGGUUCAGUUAUAGGUGGAUCCCUUCGGAGUUCAACGGCAGCGAUGAGGGGGGCAGGAUUCGGCCGCCGAGCCGGGCGGCGCGGGCGAGGGUGCUGACGCGGGGUCUGCUGGCACAGGGCCCCGCGCCGAGCCAGCCAGCGGCGCAGGGGGCGCAGACGGGGCCGCCGGGGCUGCCGCCGGGCUGCGCGAGGGGCCGCCGGGCGGCCUCGCGGGGCCGCAGCCCGCGCCGAGCGCGGAGGCUGAGCCGAGAGGCCUGCAGUGGAUUGGCGAAGCGCGCGAGCGCGGGGCCGGUGCCCCGGCCGUCCUGCCUGGAGCAGGCGCCCCAGACAGAGCGGGGCCGCGCGGCGGCCAACCCCUUCCGCGACGCCAAGGCCGCGGCCGCGACCGCCGCUUCCGCCGAGGGCGACAGCGAGAGCAGCUGCGAGGAGGAGCUGCCAAGCCGGGGGUCGGCGCAGGCCGAUGCCCGCCGCGCCGCGGCGCGGGUGCGGCGCAUGGCCUUCGAGGAGCUGCCGCCGGGCCAGACUUACUUGGAGGCCCACAGCGUGAAGGCGGCCACGCGGGCUCGGUACCAGACGCACGUCGGCGAGCUGGUGGCCUACGCGGACAAGAUCUCGGCCCCCCUCGGCGCGGAUGCCGAGGUCGACGAUUGCAUCGUGCGCUGGGUGAACGACGAGUUCCGCGCGGGCCGCAGGGCCUGGCGCGGCGAGAGCACGCUGGCGUCGGUGAUGUUCGUGUUCCCGGCCUUCAGCUGCAACGGAUGGAGGAAGCUCGUCUGGGCUUUCCGCUGCCUGAAAGGCUGGCGGACCCUCAGCCCGCCCAUGAGCCGGAGGCCGCUGCCGUGGCCCGUGUGGGCCGCCCUGGCGCUGCAGCUGAUGCGCAUGGGGUUCGGGCUCGCCGCGGUCGCGGUCCUCGUGAUGGUGGAGGCCUGCCUGCGGCCGUCGGAGCUCCUGUCGCUCCAGCGCCGGUCGCUCCUGCCUCCGGCCCGCGGCGGGCUGACCAGGUGGGGCCUUUUCCUUUUCCCCAGCCGCGCGGGCGUGGCGAGGAGCAAGACAGGGGAGGCGGACGACACGGUGGUGAUGGACUCGACUCGGACGCCCUGGCUGGACCACGUGUUCGAGCAUCUCAGCCAGGGGCCGGGCGAAGAGCGGAUCUUUCCUUGGGACUACAGCCAGUUCUACCAGAUGUUUUGUGCAGCGGCCAAGAGCGUGGCCCGCUACGAGAAGGCGGGCAGGCUCAACGACGCCUGGCGGGAGCUCAGCUCGGAGCAGCAGGCCCACGCCCUCGACUGCGAGCGCCUGCUCGAGGCCUUGACGCCUUUCUUCGCCGAGCUGUUCAGCGGCGCUGGCCGAGUGGCCGCGGCGGCGCGGCGCGUCGGGUACUGCUCGCGGGAGUGGGGCAUCAAGGCCGGCCCCGCGGGCAACGUGCUGCGCCAGUGCGUGGAGGCCGGGCUGUGCGCGAGCAUCCUCGCCGGCCUGGUGCUGGCCGUGAUGCUGGCCCCGCCCUGCACCUCUUUCUCCGUGGUGCAGAAUGUCAACGUGCCGCUGCGCAGCGCGACGCCAGCCGCACCGCUGCAGAGGCCGUCGCGGCAGCCGCCUGCGCCGUAUCCGUCUGCUGCGCAGGCUCUCGACCCGACUCUGGCCUCGCGGGGAGUCGUCGACGUGAGCGACGCUACCGCCGAGGCGCCCGAGCAGGUUCAGAGCCCGACCCACCAUCGGUUGUCCCCAUCGCCCAGUCACGAGCAACGGCAAGGGGGGGCGAGACCGUCCGACAGCAUGGACGAGUCGAUUGAGAAAUGGAGGCGCCGCGUUGCCGCGCGUGGUGGGUCGACGACGGGCUCGCUGCAAAGUCAUCCCAGGUCGGCCAGUGGCCCUCCGAAGACCACGCGAGGCGCGAGCUUGCUGAGGGGCUUCGAGGGAUGA